UGGAACCUCACCUUUGUCCUCAAUUUCGCUGCAAGCUCUUUCUUUAUACAGUAAUACAGUCCUGUGAAUCGUGAAUGCAGCUAUUUGCUCUUGCAAUUUUCAAAUACAAUAUUUUAUAGUGGUCAUAUGAUUUUAUAGACCAAGCAUAUUUUCAUUUUAUAACCUUUCGGCCAUGGGUUUCAUAAAGGCAUUUCAGCUGUUUUUUACGUUCAUUCAUCUGUCAAGCAUUCGUUCUGUAGCUUCCGCGGCCGCUAUGUCAGAGAAAUAUCAACAUCUCUCAAUUGGUUCUAUAGAUCCACCCCUUCAACAGGGGAAACUGAGAUUGUACAGCAUGAGAUUCUGUCCUUAUUCUCAUCGAGCUCAUUUGACGUUGUUGGCAAAGAAUAUUUCGUUCGAUCCAGUUUUUAUCAAUUUGAAAGCAAAACCAGAAUGGUACACAUCAACAGUACCAUCAGGGAAGGUUCCAGCACUGUUGAUUGAUGGUCAAAGUGUUUACGAGAGUUUAAUCAUUGCUGACUUCUUGGAUGAAAAGUUCCCUGAGCGUCCUCUGCAUAGUCGUGAUCCCCUGCAGAAAGCAAAAGACAGAAUCCUCAUUGAGUCGUUUGGAAAGGUUACCAGUCCUUGCUAUAAAGUAAUGACUUCCCCUAAUGCUACAUUGGAGGAUUUUGAGGCCAUUGUUAAGGAACUAACUGCUUUCGACAAAGAGUUAACUAGCAGAGGCAAAACUUACUUUGGAGGAGCUCAACCAGGAAUGGUGGACUAUAUGAUCUGGCCGUGGUUCGAGCGGAUGGAAAUGUUCAAGUUCCUUCACGGAGAUAAAUUUGUCCUCCCUGAGGAUAAGCUGCCGAAACUGACCAAUUGGGUGGCAUCCAUGAAGAUGGACGAGGCAGUUAAGAAGUACCUUGUGAAACCAGAAGUCCACGCAGCCUUCAUGAGAACUCAUCACUCCGGAACUCCUGAUUUUGAUAUUCUAUGGCACUGAACGACCCUUAAUAUAUUUGCAAAUAAACAUAAACUUAUUCAAAAUACAGAGACUUGUCUCUCUUGAGUUUAUGUGUUUGAAAAAAUACUCUACUUACAACUGGUUGCAAAAGCCUACUCUUUAAGUUAAUUAAUUGUCGUAUUUUAUUAUUACAUUCGUAUUGUGUGUACUUAAUAGUUGAUCAUUAAAGAUGUAUACUAUACUGUUUUUUAAA